UCACUGGAGAGAUUAAAAGAGACCAUUAAAAAGAUGAGCUUAGCUUUUCAAGAAGAGCUCAGGAGGAUGCUUAAUAUUCAGAAUUAAAGAGAACAUGGUCCAAUUCAAGGAAAAAGUAGAUUUCAUUCUUUUGUCUCAAUUGGGAUAAUUUCAAUUAUUUUACUGUUUUCAAAAGAUGUGCUAAGUAGCUAUCUGCUAGAACGUUUGGAAGUGUUUGAGAUGUGUUGAGUUACAUACACCGAGCGCAUCAACAAAACUAUAAAGCGAUGCAAAUUAGAAUAGUGGCCAUGUGAUGAGCAGCCCUAUAAAGUAAAUAGUGGAUAGGAGAAGCAAGCAAGUCAAUAAAUAACAUCGUGGUUGAAAUAUUUUCGUUAAGGAUUUAGGAAAUCAUUCAUCUAUCAAGCGCUUCAGUAAAUAAAGUAACGAUUUUCAAUAUGGGAGCCAGCGACCGAUGACGAUCACGGCACGUGAAGAAGUAUGAAUAUAAAAGGAGCUGAUUGUUUGAUUUAUUUAUAAGGUUUAAGGAUAAGCACAGGAUAAAUUGCAUCAACGGCUCAUCUUUUAAUUACUGCAUGUGGAAUGAGUGCUACGUGGUUUCUACCUGUUAUUCCAGUGCUACAGUCGAACGACACACAGAUUAAUCCUUUAGAAACACCUGUUACAACCCUACAAUUGUCCAUGUUGGUAUCCAUUCCGGUUUGUGCCGGUGGUUUGUCAUUUUUAUUUUGGUCGAAGAUAUUGGACAAAUUUGGUAGAAAAACUACAAUGCAGUUUCUUAGUAUAAUUUCAAUAUUCAGCUUACUUGUAUUAUCAUUUGCCGAGGAUAUCUAUACACUUGUAAUUUUUUUGUCGUUACAUAAAAUGUGUAUAAGUGGAUCGAUGAUAAGUGCUAUAGUUUACACUAGUGAAAUAUCGAGUGACACUACGAGAGGUAAAAUGAGUUGUUUACUGUCAAUACAAGUACCUUUUGGAAUUCUAAUUGGAUACAUUCUUGGUUCGGUAACCAGUGUUAGAUACUUUACAUUGAUAUGCGGUGUACCAUUUAUAUUAUACCUGGUUUUGUCUCCACUAUUAGCCGAAUCUCCUCGUUACCUUUUAUCUAAACAAAGAAACUUUGAAGUUAUGAAAGAAUUAAGGAAGUUGCGGGGGAAUAUGGCAAAUAUAGAAUAUGAAAAUACAAAAUCAAUGCUACUAACAACAACUCCAUCAAAACAAUCGACGUUUUUAAGCAUUUUUAGACAAACCCGUUCAAGAAAAUCGUUUAUCCUGAGUAGUGAAAUUAUCAUAUUCGAUCAAUUUUCUGGCAUUACGGCUGUUGUAACAUACGUUGGAGUUAUUUUUGAUAGCGUAAAUACCGGAUUGAAAGGAAACGAAGUCGCUAUAAUAAUUGGGUUUACAAAAAUACUAGCAUUCUCGAUAUCGCUGUAUUUUGUAGACAGGAUAGGAAGAAGACCAUUAAUUUUAUUUUCAAUAUUUAUGUGUAUGUUCUCACUGUUUGUUUUGGGCGUCUAUUUUCAUCAAGUACACAUAGGUAGCCAACUAUUUGACAAUAUUCGUUGGUUGCCAAUUCUGUUUAUUAUAAUAUACAUUAUAGUGUAUUCUAUUGGAUUAGGAGUUGUUCCUCUGGCAUUCACUGGUGAAAUUUUCUCUGAUCAUUUAAGAGCAGUGGGGGUGGGAUAUGUUUUAAUUAUAGCCGUCUUGGUUUCUGCUAUUGUGAGUUUCAUUUUUCCUAUAAUAAAAGACUUUUAUGGAUUGCACUGGUGUUUCUGGCUAUUUUGUAUUGUAUCUUUUGUUGGAUUUAUUCGUAUAUAUCUUACUAUGCCCGAAACUAAGAAUAAAACAUUCUUAGAAAUUCAAAAUAUGUUAAAUGGAAUGUGAAAUGUUUUAUUAUCAUUUGAAAAAUAAAUAAAUUGGCUUAUAAAAA